AGGCACUGCACGGGGUGGAAAUGUGGUGGCAGAAGGGCCACCCGCUCCCCCUAUCCCAUUAAUUUUUUUUUCCAGCCUCUCCUCGCCCCUAAAAUUCACUCCGGGCUCAGCCUCACCUCUAUAUCGUGAGGGAUUUGCCUCGGGAGCAGCACAAUCCCCUUGGCGCUCGGUUAAUGGGGUGCUGAGGUGCUGGUUUCACCCCUAAAGCAGCCACCCUAUAAACCCCACACCCUAUUUACCCCACUGGAAGCGUUUUUCCCCAGCUCAAACAGCAGUCAGGGGGUGAAAACCACUCCUCCUUCCCACCUCUCCCUGUGCUGCUAUGGGGCCAGCCCUCCCUGCAGGAGCCACCCGACCCCAAAACCAUUCCUAAACCGUUUCCCACACUUCACCUCAGGGAUUUAGGAAAAUUUGGAGCAGGAAAAGGUCCCACAAGAGGAUGGGGAGGAGGAGAGCAGCCGGCAGGGCCCUACCUUCCUGACAUCCACGUCCAGCGCGGCGCGCUUGCCCCCGAUGGGGCAGUUCUGGAUGUAACACGCCGAGGAGAGCUGCCAGGAGCCCCAGCAGGCAGACGGCGAGCGCUUUGGAGGGCAUGGCUGCGGGGUCGGGACGCUUCUGGGGCCUCGUGGCGGCCGGUUGAGGUAUUUAUAGGGCCGGCUGCUGCUUAGCAUGCUGCCGGUGUGGUCACCCAUUUCCCCUAAAAGCCCCGAGGCAUUGGUGUCCACACCCGGGGCCUCGCCUCGUUGCCACGGGUCAAGGACGUGAGGGCAGCACCGUGGCGCUCAUUUGUGCCUCGGCGCCUGCUCUGGCUGCAGGAGGGGGGGUUGAGGGGGUUGUGGGGUUGGUUUUGGGGUGAAAUCUUGUGGUUUUCCUCCUCCAGCCCCUUCAGCAGGUGGGCUGCAGAUUCCUUGCUUUCUGUCCCAUUGGGGUUGGAGGAAGGUGUCCCGAGGGCUGUGGGGUGAGGAGGGUGAGCUGUAGGGAGGCUGUGUGCUUGGCCCUAUACAAAUCCUGUCUGGUUUGGGGGGGGGAAACAGCCCCAUAGGGCUUGGGGCUCUGUGUUGGGGUGUGAAAUGCGGUGUCCGGUCCUUCCUGCCCCCCUCUGCCUGCCACUCAUGAGCACAGCACCUCCAGGUGACCCCACACCCACCCCAGCUACCCAAAACCUUAUAGGAAAACACCUGCAAACCCCAAAUCCCCCUGAAACCUCAUCGUCAAACACUUCAAAAACCCCAAAUCCCCCAUAACUCCCACCCUGGAGCCGCACACGUGGCUCCAGCACCCCCCCAAGCCCCAAGCUCCCCGCCUUCGUUACCGCAAUUAAGAGCUUCCCAGCUUGAAUUAAUUCCCCGGCAGCUCUUACGUCUGCAGGGAGCGCGACCCCGAGCCCUGCCGCCGCCUCCUUAAUCAGGGAGCAUGACCCCGUGGCCUCUGAUUAGCGGGGCUGCGGGUAACGGGAUCAUUGGGGUCACCCCAUACGGCCCCCGGAGGUGCGUGGGGCUGACGUGGGCAGCCAGGUUGCGUCCCCCUGGCCGGAGGAGCUCCACCUCCCUCGGGGACCCUAUAAAGGACAGCCGGCCCCACACGCGGCCAUAUACCAGCCCAGGGGGACUGCAGGAGGGACACGGCUCCGUUUGGGACCACGGACCCCGAAAACCUACCCGGAGCGAAGACCCCGUAAGGGGGAUGAGACGGAGCCGGUGUCACCAUCCGAGGGGCGCGAUGGGUUUGUGCGGUGUCAGCCCCAGGACGGAGCUGGCUGUACCAGGAGCUGAACCCCAAAUCUCCGCUUCCCGAAGGCACCAGAACCCCAAACUGCCCCCACAGCGGGGUUUGGUGAAGAGCUCGAUGAAGAGCAGAGCUCCUCGCAAUUUGACAGCUGAGCAGUGGUCCUGCAAACCCCGAGGCUGCUCCAAGGGCCCCCAGCUCGCCUCCCCGUCUUGCUGCAGCUUUUUGCAGCCCGAUUAUUCGGUGCUCUGCAAAGAAACUCCCCACGCGGCAUCGCGAAUUGUGAACGGCGAGGCCAAUUACGAGGCGGGGCGCGGGGCUGCCGUGAGCCAUGGUUUUAUUAAGGCGUAAAUGUCUGCCGGCCACGCCACGGGGCCCGAGAGGCGGCGGGUGGAAUGCGAUGGCUUUUCUACAAGGGGUCCCUACGAGCAGGGGGAGGCGGCGAGCCACGUGAGCCACCACGAGGACUCAGCUCACCGAGUGUUUAAACAGUUUUUAACUCCCCGGGAAGCGAAAACUCCCUGCCCGAAAGGCACCUACGCUACCGGCUGAGCCGCGGGGAGGGCGGCGGUCGGCUCUGUCUAAAUACAAGUUCCUCGUUAAA